CCUGCCAGCACCUUCCCGGCCAAAUCCUCCCAUCCCAGAGCCAAAUCCCCCUGCACAAGGGGGCAGAGAACAGCUCGACACAGCCACGCUCCAGCCCCAGUGCUGGGUGACAGAACCAGGCCCCGGACCUCCAGCAAUUCCAAGUGUGGGACACAGCUCUCCAGACCCGCUCCAAGGACGGGCCCCCGGCAGCAGCACCAUGGUGUGGGCAGCCCCAGCCCUGGCAGCCAUCACCCUCUGCCUCCGUGUCUCCACAGACCCAGUGAAAGCCACAGCGGCUGCCCUGAUUGUUGGAGCCGUCCUGUCCAAAGCUGAGCAUCCCCACCUCGGGGCGCUGGUGUGUGACCUGGAGCCGGGCACUAUCCCAGCCUCGGAUCCCAACAUCCUGGAGAAGCUGAAGCUCUGCCCGGCGCUGACGGAGGCACAGCAGGAUGCCCUCAAUGCCCUGCUCCUCUCGGGGGACACAGCGUACGGGGAUCCUUCAAGCUGGGAUUUACAGACUCUGCAAGAUUUGGGGCCGCUCGUGCUGGCGUUGAACCAGACCACGCUGAGUUUGGUGGCCGAGGCAGCACGGGAGGAUUUCAGGAGGAGCAUCGCUGCCGCCUACAUCAGCCAGGGACGUUCCCAGCGGGAGCAAUCCCUGAUCCUCCUCAGGGCGCUCGCAGCAGCCUCGGCUGCCUCCCAGCCCCGGCUGCAGCGCAGCGCAGACCGCUGCCAGUCUGAGCCCAUCACCGCCAGCCACAUCGAGGACAUCAUCUUCCUCUCCCCUGAGGAGCUUGACCUGUGCCUGAGCAAUGAUGUGUUAAUAGAAAACCUGGAGGCUGUGCUGGAUCUGCCAAUCAACUCAGAGGGUUCCUUGGUCCUGAAACAAAAGGUGGAUGAGUUUUUCCAGGGGUCAAUCCCGGAGGAGCAGCUGAAGCGCCUGGGGACGCUGUCACGCCUGUACACGGAGCAGGAGAUCAGCCAGUGGCAGGUGACAUCCAGUGACACCCUCUCAGCCCUGCUCAGCAACACAGGAGGACAGUGGAGUGAUUUGCAGGUGCAGCAGCUGCUCAGCAGGUACCUGGCCCUGGGGGGCUCCUUGACGGGGCCCCUGCUCCAGGAAAUCGGAGGCAAGCGCCUGUGCAACCUGCAGGAGGAGCAGAUCCGGCAGAUCCCUGCUGCAGCCAUCAGGACUGCUGGGAAGUUGAACAUCUCUUCAUGCUCCCAACCCAAGAAGGAUCAGCUCUAUGGGAAGGCCCGGGAGGCCUUUGCCAGCCUGGCCAGCACCCCUGGCCUCUAUUACUGCCAGAUCCAGCCAUACCUGGGUGGAGCUCCAGCAGCAGAUCUGAAGAACUUGGCUAGUGCUGGUGUGGCCAUAAACAUGAAUCUGAGCACCUUCCUUGCCCUAAAUCCUGAGGAACUGCAGAAACUCAGCGUCACUGAUGUGAAACAUUUGCUGGGGAUAAACCUCCCUGAGCUAAAGAAGCACGAGCAGGAGCCCUUGGUGGUGAGCUGGGUGCAGCAGCAAUCCCAGCAGGAGCUGGACUGCGUGCUGAACAUCGGCCUGCAGGGAGGGUGGCCCGAGCCCACGGGGACAGCCAGCCCUGCUGCCACCUCCACAGCCACUGUCACCACCCCUGUGCCCACCACCCCGGCCAGUGUCACCUCCACGGCCACUGUCACCACCCCUGUGCCCACCACCCCGGCCAGUGUCACCUCCACAGCCACUGUCACCACCCCUGUGCCCACCACCCCGGCCAGUGUCACCUCCACAGCCACUGUCACCACCCCUGUGCCCACCACCCCGGCCAGUGUCACCUCCACGACCACUGUCCCCACCCCUCACCCCUCAGCCAGUGUCACUGUCCCCACCACCACUGCCAUUAGCAGCCCCUCGACCCCUCAGCUGAGCACGGUCCCCCCCAGGACCCCCACCCCGAGCACUCAGAGCCCAACCCCCCCAGUGCAGCGCCCUGCUCCACCCACCAGGCCCCCACCACACACAGAGCCACCUCCCCUGCUGUCACCCUCCUCAGCACCCUCCUGGCCACCAGCAGCCCCAGUGCCACCCCAGUCCCUGCUGUCACCUCCAGGGCCACCACCAGCACAAGUGCUGACACUAACCCAGCUGGUACCACCCACAGCACUGUCACCACCAUCCCCAACUCCUCUUCUGCUCCCACUGCCACUCACAGCACUGUCACCACUGUCCCCAACCCCACCUCUGCUCCCACUGCCACUCACAGCACUGUCACCACUGCCCCCAACCACUCUUCUGCUCCCACUGCCACUCACAGCACUGUCACCACUGUCCCCAACCCCACCUCUGCUCCCACUGCCACUCACAGCACUGUCACCACUGUCCCCAACCCCACCUCUGCUCCCACUGCCACCCACAGCACUGUCACCACUGUCCUUAACUCCACCUCUGCUCCCACUGCCACCCACAGCACUGUCACCACUGUCCCCAACCCCUCUUCUGCUCCCUCUGCCACUCACAGCACUGUCACCACUGUCCCCAAACCCCCCUCUUCUCCCACUCCCAAACCCUCCUGUGCUCACACUGCCACCCCUGUCCCUCACUCCUCCUCUGCUCCCACUGCCACCCACAGCACUGUCACCACUGUCCCCAAUCCCACCUCUUCUCCCACUGCCACCCACAGCACUGCCACUACUGUCCCCAAUCCCACCUCUUCUCCCACUGCCACCCCUGUCCCUCCCUCCCCCUCUGUCCCCACUGCCACCCCAGCCCCACACACGCCCACCCCAAUUCCCAGCUCCACCAUCCCGCCCCAAACAAGCCCCGGCUCCUCCCCGGCCGUGCCGUGCCAGCCCAGCUCCCCUCCCAGCCCGGCCCCCAGCCCCAAACCCACACCUGGGAGCGUUCCGGAGCCAGCACGGCCAACCUCCAACGGCCACAUGAACCUGCAGCCUGAGCCCGGAUCAGGAUCCAGGCUCUGCUCCUGCCUCGCUCUCCUGCUGGCAGCCACCGUGGGGAGCAUCCUGCUGGGGGGGCUGCUCUGAGCCCCCUCAGCACCACCCACCCUGCACACCCCUCCCUCCAUCCCGGUGGAACUGCGCUGGGCAAGUCCCUGCUGCACAGCAAGACCCAGGAAAGAGAAGAGAAUUCAUCCACGUUUGAUGCCAGCACAGGAUUUGGUUAUUUUUGAGGCUGGCCAGUGAAGGAGGACAGAUUUUCCAGCCCAGAGAAGCUCCACAGAUCCUUACUAGAGAUUUACUCCCUGUAGUACAACCAGCAGUGCUGCUGACUGCCCUGCCAAGGCGAGAACUCUGGGUCCAGCUCUUGCAGGGAUCUCCUGUCCAUCCCCUCCCACUGGGAUCUGUUAAUCAGUGGGAAAACUCAGGGAUCUGAGUCACUGGUGGCUCUGCACCGCAGCUGAGAGAUCCCCAGAAAUCCUCUUCAACUUUUCUCACAAGCUGCUUUUUGAUCAAGGUUUGCUCAAAUCACACACAGACUCUCCUGGGAUGAUUAGCUGGAGAUAAUUUAUCUUGAUUACUGUUCAGUGCUAUCCAAUAAAACAUCAAUCUGGUUUUUCCUAAUCCAACGUGUCCUUUGAGAUGUUUAGGGCUCUGUGGGGAAGCUUUUCCAGCAUAAAUCCAAAAUCUGCAGUGAAGAACAGACCUGCUCCCUCUGUAGAAAGCUCACACAGUGAAGAUUUAUAAGACAUAAAAUAUAUAAAUCCCUUUUUCCCUCCCAGACUCUCCUCCUGGAGGAAAGGGGGAUGUCAGGAGCUGGAUGCAGGUUUCACUGAGGCUUUUUUUCUUUGACAGAUAUUUCCAAUGAGUGGAAAAAAUACCUGGAAAACCUUGGGCAAAGUUCCUUUCCCUCCACAUGAGGAAGCUGAGAACAGUCUCAGCUCCUAAAUGUUGA